UCGGUCAGUUCGAUUCGAUUCCACGGUCCACUCACAAAGAGCUUUGGUGAGGAUGGGCAGGACGAUGUGCGGCUGCGCCGGCGAGCCGGCGGUGCGCAAGGGGCCGUGGACGCUGGAGGAGGACCUCGUCCUCGUCGGCUACAUCUCCCAGCACGGGGAGGGCUCCUGGGACAACCUCGCGCGCGCUGCUGGGCUGAACCGGAACGGGAAGAGCUGCAGGCUGCGGUGGCUCAACUACCUGAGGCCGGGCGUGCGGCGCGGCAGCAUCACGCCGGCGGAGGACGCCGUCAUCCGGGAGCUCCACGCGACGCUGGGCAACAAGUGGUCCAAGAUCGCCGCGCACCUCCCGGGCCGCACCGACAACGAGAUCAAGAACUACUGGAGGACCAGGAUCCAGAAGAGACCGGCGGCGCCAGCCAACACCCAGCAGCAACCGUGCCGCGCGCCUGCGGCUGCGCCGACGACGGCCACGGCCGCCAGCGAGGGCGCGUCGUCGUCGUCGUCUGCGUCGGCAAGCCAUGGCAGCUCCGCGGCCGAGGACUACUACUACUGGUGCAUGAAGCCCAACAACCCCGAUCAGCAAGCCUGCUACUCCCAUAAGACCGUGGCUGCUGCUGCGGCCGUGGGCCUCGGUGGCUGGAGCGCGUCGGCGGCGUUGACGAGGCAGGACAGUUCGUCCACUUCCACCACCGCCGGCGACGGGUGCAAGCUGACGGGUUACAGUUACCCCUACUACUCCGAGUUGGGUUCGAUCGCCGACGGCGUCAUGAUGGUCGACGCGGACAAUUUUUGGAAUGUCGUCGACAACUUCUGGGGGACUUUACCGUUUCCAGAUGCUACAUUCUGACGCGACCAUGCAGCGUGAUUUCUGACUUCUGAGGAUGCCUAGCUGUAGAAGGGACAGAAAUGGAAGAGUGCAUAUAGUGCUAGUAGUAUGAUAGUAACAUGAAUCCUCUGCUAUAGGUGUCAGCGUGUAGUUGAUGGCUUUUUUUAUCAAAUGCUUGAUGUCGCGCUUUUUGUUACCGUACAUUAUUUGU